ACGCUGCUGUGUAAAGUAAAUUCUGUAAAUCACUACCUACUUCGUUUGUAGUUCUGUUUGUGGAUCGCUGGUACUUGAUUCGUUGCUGCAUUGCAGCUCAAAAUAGACGUAGAACCUGACACGUUAGUAAUCAAUUCAUUUAUUAAACUAGUAGAGAAUUUUAUUUCAACGACUUUCUCUAAAACUUUGCACUUUCUUUAAAUACAACUACUAGCCUACUUUCUCUCUUACUGUCCAGUGCAUGCAUAUACCAUCAUUGUUGUUCUGUUACGUACGAUAAAGUUAUGAAAUCUUUUUCUAUCAGUAUAUCUGUGCGGAAGGCUUCAGUUGUGAAAUAACAUGGACCAAAGGGGCCCUCCUGAGGGGGCCCCUGUCAUUGUCGCUGACCCCAUGGAUAUGACAAUCAUAGAUAAAGUUUGCAGCGAAUCAAAUUGGCCUGAUGAUAACAUUGUUUCAUCUUCAACCUUUUGUGAUCAUCCCAAAAAGCUUAACAACAAACUCUUAUUCUUGACAGUUGAAUAUGUUGAAGAACAAGCAAGAGAUUUUGGAAGAAUGUAUCCAUCUUAUGAGCAAGUUUCUUUUUCAUCAAGAGCAAAUUCUCCUUUAUCAGACUUUGAACACUGUGUCAGUCCUCAUGAUCCGAAUAUGAGCUCUGCUGCAAGAUAUUCGCCAACACCAGUCCCACUGCCCUCUUCACCUUUCCAUAACUCGAUCGUUGUCCUUCAAGAGCCAUCAUCGCCUCUUAUAUCAACAUCGGAAUCUGCCGUACGAAUCACUAAUGGAUACUCAUCUCAACUUACCGAUCAAUCGUCUAACCCCAGUAUUUCUCAAAGUGAAAACUCGCAAGAUUUUACAGAUAGUACAAGCGACGAAUUGGUUUCAAGCGUUGGUAAUGAGUUGAUGCUUAUACAAGGUUCAAAUUCUGACUUGGAGCCUUCUUCUACUCCGCUUAUGCUAGCGGGAAUACCAGGAUCUGAUUUAGCUCUUGCAAGAGAUUUUCUUGUUAUGCAAGAAGAUCAAAUGAAUGUUAUGAAUUCUAUAAAAUUAAAUUCAAGCCUUCAUUCCAAUGUUAAUGAAGUUACUGAAACCAUCUUACCGCAUGAUAUAGAUGAAGAAACGAAUGCACAAAUAUCAUCAAUGAAAAGUUAUAAGAAGUUCUCUGAACAAUCUGAGAGAAUUUUGGAUUCUGAUAAGAAAGAUAUUUAUUGGUGUAAGGAUCAAAUUAACGAGGACAGCUUAUGGUACGAGGACUGUGAUAGCACUUGCACAGAUGCAGCCGACUGUACCUUGCAUAGUGUGUGCACCAUCGCUGAUCAACCUGUUCCUUCUAGAGCGGUCGCAACAUUACCAGAUCUUUAUUUAUCAAUUGAUAAGCUAUCGGCUUCGGAUAUUACCGACGGAUCGCCAGAGUUUGGAGUUUUCGCAAAACGAAAUAUUCGUCGUCGCACUCAAUUUGGUCCAAUCGAAGGAAUUUUACAUCUUUAUGAUGGAUCACAAAUAAAUAGUUUGCCACUGCUAUUAGAGUCUAAAGAAGAGGGAGAGUUUUUGCAAAUUGAUGUAUCGGAUGAAAAUUCAUCCAAUUGGAUGCGUUUUGUAAGACCUGCCCAUACCUACGAGGAGCAAAAUCUAAUCAUAUGCCAGCAGAACGAUGGAAUAAUAUUUCUAACAACCCGAAAUAUAAUGCCCCAAGAGGAAUUAAAAGCCGGUCCUAGUCUCGAAUAUGGAAAGCGUAGAAAUUUACCAGUAUUUGAAUUUAAACACGCAAAUAUAAUUGAUUCCAAUAUGGAAUUUUGCACUCAGUCACAUAUAAAAACUGGUCAAAUUGAAAUUGCUGAUGAGAAGAUUAAGAAAAAUUCAAUAAUUGAAGAUUAUCGCAGUAAUUCCUCAAAAGUUCUAAUGAAACACAAAGCUGCUCAGAGUUCAUUCCAAAAAUAUCUAGACAUUAUCGAAAACGAGGAUAAUAUCAUAACUAAUUCAAAAUCUCAAAUUGAGAAUAAAGUAUCGUUUAAUCAUAAAGAGCUAUCAAAAUUUAAUCAACCAGAGAAAGGGCAAGAAAAUUUUCCAGAUUCUAAAUUAGAAUUAAUGAAACAAGAAGUUACACAAUCUGAUCAAAUUGAUUUAACAGAAAAAGCAAUUAAUGUUGUUUCUUCAAGUAUUUACAAGUGCACAGCAUGCUCAAAGCAUUUUUCAACAAAAUCCAAGUUGCAACAGCAUUCUCUAGUACAUGAUAUUAAAGACAAUGAAUCUUUAUCGUGUAAUAUUUGUUCAAAAACAUUUCUAAAUAAUUCUUCCCUAUCUCGCCAUAUAAAAAUACAUCAAAAAGAUGGUCAACAUCUCGAGUGCGCUACAUGUAAAGAAACUUAUGGCCAUAUAUUAACAUUAAAGGACUUUGAUGAAACAGAUCUCAAUAAAGAAGAAGAAACAUUUGUCUGUCCUCAUUACCAAAAAUCAUUUACUAGUCAUAGUCGUAAGCAUUCCAGAACUCAGCAUUUGGAACGAAAACACGAGUGCCAGAUCUGUUUAAAAUGUUUUCCUGCAGCCGAUAAAUUAAGAAUGCAUUUAUUGAAACAUUCAGAUCGCAGAGAAUUCCAGUGUGCAAAUUGCGGAAAACAAUUUAAACGAAAGGAUAAACUUAAAGAUCAUGUGAUUCGUGUACAUCAUACACAAAAAACUACUAAGGACCAAAUCUUGUCAAAUAAUCGUGCCAAAAAAACAAUUCCAAAGGUAAAUCCAGUAGAUUGUGACCGUUUUAUUUACAAAUGUCGUCGUUGCCAAGUCGGUUUUAAACGUAGGGGUAUGCUCGUUAAUCAUUUAGCUAAACGUCAUCCCGAUGUCCCUCCUGAAUCUGUACCAGAACUUAGCUUGCCAAUUUUGCGCCAAACAAGAGACUAUUACUGUCAAUAUUGCGACAAAGUCUACAAAAGUAGCAGUAAGCGAAAGGCGCACAUUAUGAAAAAUCAUCCAGGUGCAGCCUUGCCACCAAGCAAUAGAAAUAAAGAAUUUGAUAUUCCUGGUUUACCUAAUCCAACGUUCAGUCAGGCUGCUGGCAGUAUUAAAACUGCUCCACAAGGAUGCCAAUGGUGUCACAAACAAUAUGCUAGUAAAGCGAAACUCUUACAGCAUCAGCGCAAAAAGCAUUCUAGUCUAAUGGAACCUGCAGAUCAAAUUCCACGUCCACGAAGCCGUCCACCGCAGAAUCAAAACCAACCGCCAGCAUCGAAUAACGCCAAUAUUAAAAGCUCGGGCAUUACGAACGAGCAUUAUGAAAUCUGCGAGGAACCGGAGGAUCCAGAAUUUAUAAAACCUCGCAUAAUACGAAUAAGCAGCGCAGCCAGUGACUCGUUGACCAUUAACAACGGAUUCGAGUUGCUGAACCCACAAUUUACUCGCGUGCGGGACAUGCGCUGAAGGGAGUCUAACGCCAAAGCCGUGUGAUAGCGGACCGGAAUUUUGACGAAUUUAACGCCAGAUAUGAAUCUCUCGGCGAUCCAAAUAAAUUUUGUGCACAGCGAAACCUUGAUAAGUCGCUGUGCUUGUUGCUGCUUCUGCCAGGUUGCAGGAUGUGGAAAUAAAGUAAGCGAAUCGAGAUGUGCAGCGAGGACGGUUUAUUGAAAUAUGCCUGGAACGCAGUUUGUUGGCGCUAAAUGUUGAGCAUUUGGCGCUCACUCUGAAGCAUUAUCUCAGGGUGCUGUUGUUUUGUCCAAUCGGUCGAUCUCACAGUGUUAUUUGACGAUUCGUACCGUACAAUAAUGUCAUGUCAAAUUUCAGAGAUAGACUUAUUGUUGAAUCUGUCUUUAGACAAGUUAUAAUAAAUGGAUUAGCAGAGAAACGACUGUCUUAAAAAUUCUCGAUGUGUAGAUGAAACCAGGUUUCGACUUGCUAGUAAUUAUUUUAAAAUCUUAAGCAUACGCUAAAUCUUGUGGCAAAUCUUAUCCAACUGACAAAGUAGAAAAAGCAAUUAUUUAUGUUGGAAGUCGUAUGAAAGAAAACAUAAAAAAAAAUAUAUAUAUUUAAACAUAAUUGACGAGAUUAGUUUUGAAACAAUGGCAAACUAUAUAUUUCAAGAUUUUUAGAACAGUAUUCCAUAAAUAAAAAAUCAGAAAGUUCAAUGGUAAAAAGCACUAUCGUAAUUGUUACGUGGAUUAGUUGUGUGCAAUUUAGAGAGAAAUUAAAGUGAUAUAAUAUUCCAUUAUAGAUCAAAUUUUUUAAAGGCGAAUUAAAUCGUCUUAUACAAUUUAAUAAACUAAUCUUGCGCGUAUCAAUUAUAUGUCUAUUCUGGAUUUAUCUCGAAGAUAUGCUUCAAGUCAGUAUGAAACGUCUCUUUAUCAAGUAGCUAUGAAUCAAUAAUUUGUUAUUACACAAGCAGACUCGUACGAAAAAAAAAAAAAAAAAAAAAAAAAAAUU